AUGACCCAAUUAACCCCUAAAGAAUGUUAUACAAAUAAUAAGGAUUCCCAUAUCAUCAGAUUAUUUAUCAUACGUCAUGGGCAAACUGAUAAUAAUGUAGAGAAAAUCUUACAAGGCCAUCGUGAUACUGAUUUAAAUGAAACAGGGUUGAAUCAAAGUAAUCUUCUAGGUAAAUAUCUACACCAGAACAAUAUUACGUUUGAUUCUGUUGCCUCCAGUGACUUGAAAAGAUGUAAACAAACAAGUAUGUGUGUGUUAAAUGGUAUCCAAAACCCACAGACUACUUUACACAAGAUUCCAUUGAAGUUUUACUCAGCUUUAAGAGAACGUUACAUGGGUGUCAUUGAAGGGAUGUAUAUUGAAGAUGCCGAAAAGUACGCUGAUAAGCAUGGUAAGGGAUCUUUUAAGGAUUUCGGUGAACAACCAGACGUUUUCAUUGAAAGGUUAUCAAAUCAAAUUACUGAAUUGGUAGAAUCUGCUGGGGAUAACGUAAAGAAUAUGGCUAUUGUGAGUCAUGGUGGUGCUAUCCGCGCCAUGUUAGACUGGUUUAAAUAUCAGAGCAGUAAUGAAGUUGAUGCUGAUGGUAAAACCCGUAAGAUAAUUGUAUUUAACACCUCUGUUACAAUUGUUGAUUAUAACAAACAAAAAUCUACUUUUGAAGUCCAACAGGUCGGUAUGACUCAACAUUUGGGUGAUGGUACCUUUGUCGUCAGUGAUCUAAGGUUACGUUAA